AUGGCGCACCUCGCAGCCUCCAAGCUGCCCUAUCGCGACAUCAACCUCAAGGUCACCAGCGAUGCCUACACCUUCACGUCGCCCUCGUCGCCCGAUGCGCCGUCCCUCGUCAUCGACCGCCCCAUGGGCGACAUCCGGCUGGUCCAGGGCGGCGCCAAUUCGACCAAGCGCGCGACGCGUGUGUCGAGCAUCCCGGGCAUUCUGGGCAUCAUCCAGCUGCCUCUAGACAAGUAUGUCAUCAUCAUCACCAAGGCCAAGCCCAUGGGCCGCCUCAAGGGCCAGAUGGUCUACAAGGUCCUCUCGACCGACAUCCUCCCCAUGCGCGAGCGCCAGAUCCACGACCCGGACGAAGACACCUUCAUCAACCUCCUCAAGACCUUCCUCGCUCAGGCGCCCCUGUACUUUUCCUACUCCAUCGACCUCACCAACUCGAUCCAGCGCCAGUCCCAGGCCGACACCUCCCGCCCUCUGUGGCUGAGGACGGACGACCGCUUCUUCUUCAACAAGCAUCUGCAGUCCGAGCUGAUCAGGUUCCGGACUGCCGGAUCCCGCAGCCAGCCCGGCUCGCAGCCCGCCACCGAUCCCUACAUCCUCCCUUGCAUCUUUGGCAUGCUGGAGAUUCGGCAGACCAAGUUCAAGAGCACGCCCCUGACCCUCGUCUUGAUUUCGCGACGCUCGCGGUACCGUGGCGGAACUCGAUUCUUCACCCGAGGCGUGGAUGAGAACGGCCACGUUGCCAACUACAACGAGACGGAGCAGAUUGUCAUCCUCAACGACAGCAGCACCGGGCUGGGGGGCUUCGCCGGCAGCAGCGACAUGCAGAGCGGCAAGUUUGGCGCGGCAGCGGGCCAGCAGGAGGUGCAGAUCAUGUCCUACGUCCAGACCCGAGGCAGCGUGCCGACGUUCUGGUCCGAGGUCAACGACCUCAAGUACACGCCCAAGAUCCACGUGCGCAGCACUGAUGCCGCCCUCGCCGCUUCGGCCAAGCACUUUGAGGAGCAGAUCCGCAUCUACGGCGACAACUACCUCAUCAACCUCGUCAACCACAAGGGGCGAGAGUCCAAGGUCAAGGAGUCGUACGAGCAGAUGACCAAGGCUCUCCUGUCCAUGCCCAAGGAACGACGAGAGGCCGACCGUGUGACGGACGAAAAGUUCCACGAGAUCCAGCCCGGCUCGAGCCGCCAGCAGUUUGAUCGCCUCCACUACGUCUACUUUGACUACCACACCGAGACCAAGGGCAUGCAGAUGCACAAGGCCCACGCCAUCGUCGACAGACUCCGGGACGCCGUCGAUGCGCAGGGCUACUUCCGCGGCGUCGACAUGCCCGGCAACGACGGGAGGAUCGAGGCCCGCAGUCUCCAGACCAGCGUGAUGCGCACAAACUGCAUGGACUGCCUCGACCGCACCAACGUCGUCCAGAGCAUCUUUGCCCGCCACAUGCUCGACCGCAUACUGCAGGACCUGGGCCUGCUCGCAAAGGGCUCGUCGUUCAAGGACGAGGAUCCCGCCUUUGAGUUCUUGUUCCGCAACAUCUGGGCCGACAACGCCGACGUCGUGUCCGCGGCCUACUCCGGCACCGGCGCCAUGAAGACGGACGUCACCAGGCUCGGCAAGCGUACGCCCAUGGGCGCCCUGCAGGACGGUCGCAUCGGCGUCACGCGAUGGUGCCUCAACAACUUCCUCGACGGCCCCCGUCAGGACGCGUACGACCUGUUCCUUGGCGUCUAUCAGCCUGGAGAGGCCAACGUCGGCACGAACCUCAUCUUCGGCGACAGGCGGCCGGUCCUCAUCCAGGCGAUUCCGUACAUCCUCGCCUUUAGCGUCUUUAUCGUUCUCGUGGGCAUCUUCACUAGAAGGCCUCCCAACUCGAGCGUCAUCCCCAUGCGUCUCUUUAUCCUCUUCUGGUCCAGCGUGGCGGCCUGGUGCUUCCACUUUAUCUGGACGCACGGCAUGCUCUAUGUCAACUGGCCGCGUCUGAACCCUCUGCCCUACGCCGUCGAUGGCUUCGCCGAGAGCUACUCCAAGGCCAGAAAGGACGCCGUCAUCGGGUCCCUCGUUGCCAGACACGAGCGCGGACUGAGCACCGCUCGUUUCAUCAAUGCGGAGGAGGGCAAGAAGAGGAUUGAGUAA